AUGUGUGUGUUCGUUUGCGGUAUCGAGUUGUUAUUGACUACUUUACGUAAAACAUCGUUCUUGUGAAAUCAUCACUUUUAGUGCAAUUUGUCGUGUUUACUGUGCAUCUAUUGUCGAAUUAAACUACAUUUUGCUGUAAUUUACACGCAUACUCGAAGACCACUAUUUGUGAUCACGCCAAUGACUUGCAGAAAACCGUGACCCUUCAACGGAACGCCAUUCAACCAUGACUGCCAUUCUGGGUGCCGGCAUCAGCGGCCUAUCCGCUGGGUACUAUCUCCUCAAGAAAGGCCUCCCCAGCCCGGCUGUGAUCUACGAAGCCAGCAACCGCAUCGGCGGUUGGAUCCGCACCGAUCGGUUCAACGAGGAUGGUUUCGUGUUCGAAGCUGGCCCGCGUACGAUCCGUCCCAAGGGUCCAGCCGCUAGCAACACUCUGGAGUUGAUCGAGGAGGUGGGACUUGCCGACGAGGUGUACCCGAUCUAUUCGAAUCACGUGGCGGCCAGGAAUAGAAUGAUUUGGGCCAACGGCAAGCUAAACAUGUUGCCGUCGGAUUUGUCCGGGGUUUUGAAAACGGUUCCGCCCUUUACGAAGCCGUUGUUCUUCGCGGGGUUCAGGGAUUUAUUCGCGGGACGAUCGAAGGUGCCGCUAGAGGACGAGUCGAUGUAUAGCUUUGUAGAGCGAAGAUUCGGAAAGGAGAUCGCCGACUAUGCCGUCAGCGCUAUGCUGUGCGGUAUUUGUGCCGGUGAUGCGAAGCAGAUUAGUGUGAAGUUUUUGAUGAAGAGCUUGUUCGAAAUGGAGCAGAAACAUGGUGGGGUUGUGAAAGGGAUGUUAAAGGAAGCUAUGAAUAAAAAGGGAAAGAAGAAUGGAGAGAAGGAAACGAUGUCGGGCUUAGCAAAGAGGGCCAAAUCGGAGAAUUGGAGCAUUUACUCGAUACAUGGAGGCCUGCAGACUCUACCGGAUAGGUUGGGGACAGUUUUGCAGAAGAACGGAGUUACGAUUGAAACUGACGUGAAGUUUGAGGAAAUUGGUUUCGACGGGGAUAAGGUUCAACUGAGGGUUGAUGGACAAGAGCGAGUCGUAGAUCAUCUAAUAAGUAGCAUUCCAAGUUAUAAACUUGCUAAAAGGGUAUCUCGACAGCACCCUGAACUGUCGAAAGAACUCGCGGCUAUUCCGUAUGUGGACGUCGCUGUGAUUAAUCUACGGUACAAAAGACCGGAUCUUCAAAAGCACAAAGGUUUUGGAUUUCUGGUUCCACCUAUCGAGAACCUUCCGAUUUUGGGAGUUAUCUUUGAUAGCUGCUGCUUUGACAUGGAUGACAACACGGUGUUGACGGUUAUGAUGGGCGGUGCUUGGUUCGACAAAUGGUUUGGGAAGAAUCACUCCGACGAACAUCUUUUAGAUGUAGCGGUAUCAUAUGUGAACAAGAUUCUGGACAUUCAUCAAAAUCCGGAUGCGUACAAGGUACACCUUUUGAGAAAAUGUAUUCCACAGUACGUGGUUGGGCAUCAGAAACGGGUGGACGGAAUUAGAGCUUACAUUCGGGAUCACAAACUGCCACUAGGAUUGUGUGGGGCUUCAUACGACGGCGUUGGAGUCAAUGACGUAAUUCUCUCUGCCAGGAAGUGCGUUGACCAACACAUGAUUAGCAAAUAAAAAAGUGUUUUAUUAUAA